AUAAGUUUUUACACUUUAAGGGCUUGAAUUUAAAGAGUUAAUUUUGAAAAAAUCCAAAUCCAACUCAUAAUCCUCUUGUUAGUUGCAGACGUAACACAUAUAUCAGCUCCUCCGCUUUGAAAUUCUCGACGACUGAGAAUCCAUCAGAAGGGGGUUAGUUAAUGGAAGGAGAGAAUGUGAUAGAAGAAGGUGGCUUUUUGGCCGCGCCUCUGAAGAAGCAGAAAGGGUCGAAUGAUAAUAAUAAUAGCAAGGAAGCAGAGCUGCGAUCAGAAAUUAAGCAGCUUUUGAGAGAGGCCACUGCGUUGUCUCAGCCAGCCACGUUUGCGCAAGCUGCUAAACUUAGGAGGUCAGCAGCUACUAAAGAGAAAGAACUUGCACACUAUGUGGAGCAGCAUAACAAAGAACUGUCAUACGAUCUGUAUGGAAACGUUCUGAUUGCUUCAAAGGUUGUGAUGUACUUAAUCUUGGUAUUUUGGUUCUUGAGGACUCCAAUUGCCAUGAUUGCUAAGCAACUUGUUCAACCCUUUGGGAGGUUGUUAUCUUGGGGAACAGGAGGUCACUUGACAGGCCAUGCGAUGGUUGGGAUCAUACCGUGGCUGAUACUCUCAACCAGAGUGAGCAAAUAUGUGUGGAAGUUCGUUGAGUUCUAAAAAUCACAUUCCUCAAGAAAAUUAAUGUUUUUUCAGUCUUGAAGUUGUAGCCUUUUUAGGAGACACUUGUGCCAUAAUUGUUCUUUUCCUAAUCUAACUUGGCAUUUUUGUACAUUAUAUGGAUCCCUAUUUUCCAGUUUAUGCUGGAUUUUUACCAAUAACAAUGGCAAUGAUAGCA